AUGGGCAUCGGCUACGUAGUGGGCGUCCUCGGCGGCGCCAUCCUCGCCCACGCCGCCUACGUCACCAUCCAGUACCGCGCGGUGCUCAAGAUCACGGAGGAGGAGUUCUCGCGGCCGCCCAUGGAUGUGAUGAUGGAGUUGCUCUUAGGGUUGGGCUUGUGCAUGUGGGCGGGCCUUGCUGUUCCAGCGAAAUUUCUCUCGGUCCUCCCACAUUCUGAGGAGAAUAGGAUCGUCUCGCUCCCGGCUAACCUAGAUUUCAUGAUCUUCAACCACCGCGGAAGAGCGCUGCCGUCAGACUCAGACCUGACGCUCAAGACAUAG